GAAAAGGGGGUCAAACAGCGAGUAGCACAGACAAGUGCAAGACACGAUGAAUACUUCUGGAGGUAGCUGUGGGAGUCCCAGCUCUGCAGAACCUGCUGCAGACUGCUUCAAGGAAUUGUGGUCCAAACUGAAAGAGUGCCAUGAUAAAGAAGUGAAAGGAUUACAGUUAAAAAUUUCUAAACUGAAAAAGGAAAGGUGUUUGGAUGCAGAGAGGCUUGAAGAGUUUUACACCAAAAACCAACAGCUUAGAGAGCAACAGAAAUCUCUGUAUGACACUAUUACAGUUUUAGAAGAUCGUUUAAGAGCUGGAUUAUGCGAUCGUUGUGCAGUAACAGAAGAGCAUAUGAAGAAGAAACAGCAGGAAUUUGAAAAUAUCCGGCAACAGAAUCUCAAACUGAUCACUGAACUGAUGAAUGAAAGAAACAACUUACAAGAUGAAAAUAAAAAAAUUUCUGAACAGCUUCAUCAGAUGCAGCAAAAGAUAGAACAGCAAGGUGAAGAUCUGAAAGGGUUUAUACCAGGCUCACCAGUUCAAACGCUUUCACUUUCAAUGGUUAAUCGAAUGCGUCGAAAAAGAGAGAAUAGGCAUAUACGAUACACAGAACAGAAGUGUACGGAGAUAGAACAGAAAGGACGAACUAAUGAGCUUGGGAAGGUUACAUUAUUAUCAACUCAGAAUGAUGUUCAUUCCGGUGAAGAAAUGUUGGUGGCAGAUACAUGCAAUCCACACUGUUCACCAAUAUCAAAUGAAAAAGGAACAGGAGACCCUGCCACAACAUCGCCUUUUGACUUGGCUGCAGUGGUUGCAGAAACACUUGGACUUGAUAAUCCUAAUAAACAUGGAGAUUCGAGAAAGCAGAUGGUUCAUGGUUUACCAAGAUGCAGUGGCGACACUAUGGGGUUUUCAGGUCCAUCAGAGAACACUCCUCCGCCUACAGAUUGGGAUUCUAAGUCACUCUCUCCUGUUUCGGGGGCUUCUGCAUCAGCUAACAUGAAGAAGAGCCUGGGCCCGAGUGCGAGUCUUUCCCCUUCUGUGUUAGCAACAGGACAGAAGUCAAAUCUGAAAGUCAGCUCUUUCAAUAAUUCUUCUUAUUCUACAUCUGAGAAAGUGAGGUCAAAAUCUGAAGAUGUUGCUUUUGUUGCGCCGCUUAACCUUGGAAUUGAAAUAGCCUCUGUUAUCAGUCAGGCUCCAACCAGUCGCCAAGCUGUCCUGAAGCCAAAUUCAGAUGAGCCAAUAACAUGUGUCACUAACACACAUUCACAUAAAGAUGAAAAUGUCAAGAGUGAUUUCAUUCUUGCACCACAGAAACCAUUAGUAAGCAGAAGCAUUAAAAGAAAGAAAUCUGAGGAGAAAAGUGGGCAUGUAAUUGGCUGUGGAAAAGAAAAUGCCCUCCCAACCCAAACAGACGUUCCUUCUGCUGCCACGAGAGAUAAUGCAAUUGACAAGCCCCUAGAUCUUUCUGAUCAUUUUGCUUGUUUUCGGUCUCAGGAAAAAAACCACGCAUCUGCUGAGCUCUCCAAAGCUAGGCUGAGGCAGGCAACUCUCCAUGAUGCUUUUCAGCCACCAGGGAAAGAUACUUCGUCCUUUAAAAGCAUCAGUGGUGACUACAUAGCAAGCAAGGAUUUGGAAGAGGAUCCCUGUGUACAGGAAGCAAUCCUGCAAUCUCUGAGCAAAGCACCUCCAGAGAUUAAACCUCAAGUCGCUCAUGUCUGUGGACCAACUAGUAAGAAAAUAAGGACAGGGCUUGGAGUGGGUGAACCAGCAUCGGUGCUGCAGCCAAAUCCUUGCCGAGUGACAAAAACUGCACAACAACACAAUCAGCAAGAUAAGCCAUCCUUGGAAAGCGUGCAGUGGAGUAUAGAUCCAGGAGCAGACCUUUCCCAGUAUAAAAUGGACGUGACUCUAAUAGACACAAAAGAAAGUACCCAAUCAAGAACUGGAGCGGAAACAGUAGAUAUGGAACAUACGUAUGUCAGUGAAAGUAUUCUAUUGAGAUUGAAAAAUCAGGAACAGAAAACAACAAUCAGUGCACAAAAUGAAAGAAGAAAGAAUGGUGACUUAACAGAAAUAUUUGAUCGGACAUCAUAUGAAGAAUACAACUCCUAUUUAGAAGAUGAUAAUCGUCCAGAAUAUGACAAUAAAGAGAUGUCUCAGGAGCAAGGGGAAGAAAAUAAGACAAUAUCAGCAGUAAAGGAAAACCAACAGAGGCAUGAAGACAAAAAAGAUAAAACCAAACAGAAGGCUUUUGUUGAGCCUUAUUUUAAAAGUGAUGAAAGGAAGAACUCUGUAUUAGAUUUUCCUCAUGUUGAGGUUGUUCGUAAGAGAGAUGAGAGAAGAAAAUUACCUGGCCAUACUUGUAAGGAAUGUGACAUAUAUUAUGCAGACUUUCCUGAAGGAGAGAGAGAGAAGAAGUUAGCUGCCUGUUCAAGGCAUCGAUCUCGCUACAUUCCUCCUGACACACCAGAGAACUUCUGGGAGGUUGGAUUUCCUUCCACCCAAAUGUGUGUCGAAAGAGGUUACAUAAAAGAAGACCUUGCUCCCUGCCCUCGUCCUAAAAGAAGACAGCCUUACAAUGUGACAUUUUCUCCGAAAGGCAAAGGGCAAAAAACAUAAUUGAGGUGUAAAACUA